UUUCAAGUCAUCGUGUAACGCAUUUGAUUAAAGCAUCGGAGGUCCAGACUGGUCCAUGUUGCGUUAACGUCACCUUUUAUACCUCUAGGCUUACCUGACGAUUUGGAAGUAACACCUGAUCGAUUCCAAAUGGAGCUGCAACAGGACUUUGGUGGAUGUAGGGCAGAGACCGUGGCUUCACCCUCACCAAGUGCACCAAAGUCUAAGUUGGACAUGCUUUCUAAAGAUGACCUCAUCAAGUUUGCCAAGAAGCAGAUGGCUGCAAUGCAAAAAAUGAAAACCAAAUGUGCAGAUUUGGAAAAAGAAGUUGAAAACAUGAAGUCAAAAUACAGUGGAAGUAAUUCAGAUGAUUCAAUAAUGAUACAGGAGCUGACUAAAAAAAUGGAUGCUUUGCUAGUGGAGAAGGCAGAGGCUCAGCAAAUCCUGGUAUUGUCUCGUAAAGACCUUGAGAGGGUAAAGCAGCAGGCUAAGGAUGAUCUGGCCAUGUUGCAGCAUGAACUUGACUGUGUAAUAGAAGACCAGCAAAGAAAAAUCAAGGCCCUAGAGUACAGCAUUGAAGAAUCAAACAACAAACACCAAGAGAAAAUGACACAACUAUUUAAACAACUGAAAAAUCAAAAAGGGCGCAACAAAGAGAAAGAGUGUGAAGCUGAUGCUGAGCAGCAAGCUGAAAAUACAAAUGUAAAAGAAGGCAUGGGGGACAUGCAACAUUGUUUAGAAGCUGAAAUUGAGAAGGUUCAAGUUGAACUGGAAGUGAUUCAACUGCAAAAAUCUCAAGAGGUAGCUGAACUCCAGGCAAGCCACCAGAGAGAACUGAUGGAGGCCCAUAAGGAAGUGGAGAACCUGAGGGAGGAGCUAGCUCAGAAGAGCCUUCAACAUGAGGAGGAGAUGAGAGCUCUGGAAGAGGACUAUGAGAUAGAAAGAAGGCGACUUCUAUUGCUUCAUGAUGAGCUGACCGAGCAGCUUGCUCUCAAAGAUAGCUACCUGCAAGAUGUACAAGAAGAGGAAGAAGAGCCUGGCCGAGACUCAGCAAUUGCAAAGAUGCUAGCACUGUCUGGCUGUAGCCAGGGUGACUCCAGCCAUGGAGAUGGCAAAGACACAGAAUCCAGCAGACUGAGAGUUACCCUUGAAGGUUUCCAAGCCCAGAACACCAUGUUGCAAGAUGAGCUUACCUUGUUGAGUAAUGUAAAGGCUGAGCUUGAGGCAGAGCUGGAGAGGGCCAGGGAGGAGUUUCAGUUGGAGAAGGAGGAACUCGUCUUUAAAAUUGAUGAGCUGCAAAUGAACCGGGAGAGUUCCACCACUGAUACUGUCAUGACCACAGUUUCUAUGAGCUAUUUACCUGUGGUGACCCCUGAGUCUGACAGACAGAAAACACUUAGGCAGCUCGAACAGAGUGAAGCACCCAAAGAUGUAGAGGAUAUUCUGCCAUCUGGUUCCAAAGAGAAGCAGAUGGCUUCUCUUUGUCCUGCCCAAGGCCAGCAGCUCUUGAGCCCAGAAGAGGGGCAGAAGCCGAUGCAGGGCACUCAAGAACUUCGUGAUCUGAGGGUGCAGUGUGAAAUUCUGACCAGGGAGAAAGAUUCUGCCGUGGCUGAGUACCAGCACACUAUGCUCAUUCUGCAAGGUUUGGAGCUGGAGCUUGGACAGAAGACCCAGGACUUUGUCUGUCAGUACAAGGCUAUGAGGGAACAGGAAGCCAACACGCUGCAGGACCUCCAAGAAAAGAUUCAAAAACUCAGCCAGGAGAGGGAUGGACUAGCAGAAAAUGUCAAUGGGGGUACAGAGGAGAAAAAUAGCCUAAUGGUGAAGGUUCAAGAAUUAGAGCAGAAACUUGAAGGCUUGUUAAUUGAGAACCAGGCCACAAAAGAUAUGAAUGUAAAGCUCCAAGCUCUCAUUGAAGAACACACGAUAUCAGCAAGCAAGUUAAAGCAAACAGUUGAAGAGCUAACCAAGCAGAAUGAGGAAAUUUGUUUCCAGCUCCAGAUGAAGGAAAAUGCAGCUCAAGAGCUGAAGGACAUGGUCUGCAGCCUGACCAGAGAACAAAACCAAACACAUUCCCUACUCCAGCUCAAAGAGGAAGAGGUAAAUACACUGAACAGUGAGAGAGUGAAAGAGAUCCAGAGACUAAAGGAGGACAAAGAGAAAGACUUAAAUACUUUAAAGAAAGACAAAGGAAGAGAAUUAGAGAGUCUACAAAAUGAAAAGGAGACUGAUGAAGAAAAUCUGGAAGAAGAGAGACAAAAAAUGGUGGAGACACGGAGAAGAGAAGGAACAGUGUCCUCUUCAGAGCUUACUAUUAACAACCUAUAUAAAGACAAUGAUGAUCUCCAACACAAAUUGGAGGAGGCUUCCUCUGCACUUUCCCAAGCCCAUGAAGAGAGGGACCUUUUGGACUCCAAACUGGUGGCUCUGGGAGUUCACCUGGAGCAGCAGAUUUCUGAAAAACACUGUUUAGAAGCCAGGUUGAAUUUCCUAACUGAGGAGUUAGAGCAAACCCAAGCCACAAUGAGAGCUCUGGAAGAGUGUCAGUCUGAAGCCAUUAAGAGCGCCGCUGUAGAGGUGCAGGAGCUCCAAACUCGUGUAGAGGAGCUGGAAAAGGAAAGGGUCCUUUUAAGAAGAAGUCUUGAAGAAGCUCGGGAAGAGAAAAAGUUGGAAGUAGUUGGAGAAGAGCUACUGGCUCGUAUUGAGGAUUUAGAGAAAGAGAGAGGCAUGUUGACGUGCAGCCUGGAGGAUGUGGUAAGUGAUACUGAAGGACUGCAGAAAGAUCUGGAAGACAUGAAGUUGGCCAAUAAAAAAUUAAUAGAAGAAAACCAGAAAUCUUUGGCCCAAAUGUCUCUGGUGAAACAAGAGAGGGAAAAGGAAACAAGGGAGAUGGAGCAGGAGAAAGAGAAUAUGGAUAAAGAAAGGAGUGAGCUUGAAGAACGUCUGGCAGAGAAGGAUACACUCAUAGUCCAGUUGAGAAGAGAGGUUGCUGCCCUGCAGGAAUCUGCCCAGUCUGCUCCUUCUGAGGAAAACGUACCCAAAUGUUUCACUGAGAAAAUUGCCCACCUCGAAAGAGGAAAUAGGGAGAAGGAUGAGAAGAUGAAUAAGAUCAAGGCAGUAGCUGUCAAAGCCAAAAAGGAGUUGGACACUAGUAAGAAAGAAGUGACAAUGUUAAAGGAGAAAGUUGAGUCCAUGAAGGGGGAGCGGGAGCAGCUGAGUAUUUCAAUGAAGGAUAUCAUCCACAGUGCUGAAGGCUACAAGAACCUGCAGAUAGAUUACGACAGGCAGACAGAGCAACUGGAUAAACAGCGGGAAAUUGUGGAGGUUGCGGAGAGACAAAUUACCGAACUGACCAAACAAUUCAGCGCUGUCAUCACACAGAAUGAGUUGCUGAACAAUGAGAAAGAGGACAUCCUGGCUGCUAUGGAGAUCUUGAAGAGCACAGUGAGGCAGCUGGAGGCCCAGAGCCAGGAGCUUCACAGACACACAGCCAGUCUGGAAGCAGACCUACUGGCUGAGAGAACUCUGAAAGAACACAAGAUCAAGGAGCUUUCAACUGCUAUGAAUAGGGUAGAGGAGCUGACCAUUCAGCUUUGCAAGCAGGAGCAACAGUCUCAAAACACUGCCCAGGAACUGGACCAGCUACGCAAGGAAGCCCAACAAAGUUGUCUACUGGGCAUGGAGAUGGCAGAUUACGAACGACUGGUCAAAGAACUCAACAUGAAGAUAACGAAGAAAGAAGCAUGUCUUGAUGAGAUGAAUGCCCAAAUAAACAACCACAUCCAAAGGGAGGACUUGCUCAACAAGGAAAUUGAGGCUCUGAAGUCCCAGCUAGAACAGGGGAAGGAAAAGACCUCCAAGAUGAAACAGCUGCUGGUCAAGUCCAAAAAGGACUUAGCCAAUGUGAAAGAACAGGAGGCCUCUCUCAUCGAGCUGCAGGCUUCCUUAAAGGGGCAGCUAGAGGCUAACCAGCAGCAGCUAGAGAGCUCCAAGAUUGAGGUCUUUCAGCUGAUGGCGGAGCGCCACCGUCUACAGGAGCAGCUGAAGUAUGGGAUGGAGCAGCAGCAGAGAACGACCAGCUCCCUGCAGCAACACAUCAGCAGCCUGCAGGAGGAAUGCAACACAGCCAAGGCUGAGCUGAUGUCAACAGCAGCAGAGUUUGAGAGCUACAAGGUGCGUGUCCACAAUGUGCUCAAACAGCAGAAGCACAAAAGCACUUUACAGAGCGAAGGAGACCCCGGCAAGCUGGAAAGGGAGCAGCUCUCUGCACAAGUGGAGCAGCUGCAGGCCAAGGUGGUGGAGAGCCAGCAAAGCCUCCAGAGCAGCAUGGCAGAACUCCAGCAGCUUCAAACUGAACAUGACACUCUGCUGGACCGCCACAACAAAAUCCUCCAUGAGACUGUCAGCGAGGAGGCGGAGCUCAGAGAGAAGCUCCUCUCGGUGCAGUCGGAGAACGUGCUCCUUCGGACAGAGCAGGCACAGACUCAGACUGAGCUGCAGUCCCAGGCCGAGGCCCAGCGCCAGGGCUUCAGGGAGCAGGUGAAGCGGCUACAGGAGGAACACCGGGCCACUGUAGAGACCUUGCGAAGUCAGCUGGCCCGCUUAGAAGAUCAGGUCUUCACCCUGCAGAGCAGCUCUGUGUCGGUCCAGUCCGGCCGUAAACCAUAUGAACCCCAGCGCAGAAAUCAAGACCACAACCAAGCUGGAUUUGGCUUUGUUGCUCUCAGCGAUCUGCAGUCCAUGGCGAGGGGGGAGGGGGAGGGCAUGGAGACCACAGAGACUGAGAGCUCCUCUCCAGCGCACACACCACUACCCUCUCUAGAACAACUUCUCACCUCUCCAGACCCCAAACAACAACCUUUUGAGUGGACAGUGGAGCCUACUAAACAAGAACUGAGUCAGAAGCUGACCACAGCAACACGCAAUAUGGAGCACAUGAACAGCCUGCUGCAUGAAACUGAGGCAACCAAUGCAGUUCUAAUGGAGCAAAUUGCACUGUUGAAGAGUGAAGUGCGCCGUCUAGAGCGCAACCAAGAGAGGGAGAAGAGUGUUGCCAACUUGGAGUACCUGAAAAACGUCUUGCUGCAGUUCAUCUUCCUGCAGUCUGGCAGUGAGAGACAGGCCCUGCUGCCGGUCAUCCAUACCAUGCUGCAGCUCAGCCCCGACGAGAAGAGCAAGCUGGCUGCAAUCGCACAGGGUGAGGAGGAGGUGUCGGGAUCUCGCAGUUCUGGCUGGACCUCGUAUCUCCACAGCUGGUCUGGGAUCAGAUAGACAUGACGACCACCAGACAAAACACAAACUGGAAACAGUACAAUUCUAAAAUCCAACAGGGCAUGCACUUUGAGACUCAGUACUGAACACUCCCGGUCCACAUUCAGAAAAGUCACUUCUGGCUUGAAAUGUAUAUAUAUAGGUUAGGGAAACAACAGAAAAGGGGAGUGAUAUGCUGGCAUCAGUUAUAGAAAUCACAUAAAUUGAGAUUUCUCUUAAUCUGACACCCUUUGCAUUAUGUGCAGUAAAUAAAUUGGUUUACCGAAUAAGUUGAUUGUUGGUCUAUGCAUGUAAAAAUAAAUUUAACAGACACUCAUAAUUAGGUCAGAUGUGAUUAUUAGCAUAUUUCUAAUUGGUUUCACCAAACCAAUAUAACUUUAAAAAAAAUUAAGAGUCAUAUUAAUUUGUAUAUGUAUGCAUACUUAAAGGAAAAAUCAAUAACUAAUCACAACAAAGUGGGACAGUAGCUGUUAUAAUAUGUGCUUCAACUGUUGUGUUACUGAAUCAUUUGCAGCUUUUCACAAAUGCCUCACAUUCUGAAAUUGGGAUCCAUUAGGUUUUCAUGUAAUUUGUUUCAUCGUCUCUAGUUUUUUUUUCUGUGCAUUUAAACCAAAAUAUUGUAGUAUCAACCAUAUUUGUAUAUAUUUGUCUACUUUUUGGACAAUUUUGGGACUUUUUGUUUUUUCAGUUGUACUACUUGUUCAUAGCUGUUUGCAGAAUGGGAUUUUAAAUUGCAAUAACUUAUAUUCAGCUACCAAUAAAAAUGAAUUUAGUGAAUCUCAAGAGAUAUUAAAAUGUUGGAGGCAGCCUAGUGGGCAUCUUGAGUUGGGAGGUCACUGUGCAACUCUAGAGGCAUCUUCUGUAGCUGACACCGCUUUCCCCGGGGGAGUUGAGCAUAAAAAUCUGGAGAUCUGUGGCGUAAUAAAAGAAUAAAAGCUUACAGAAUUGGUCUGCCAGCCCGCCACCAUCUACCCCAUGAUAUUUGAAAUGCAAAAAUUCAAAAAACACUAACAAAACGCAAUAAGUCAUGCAUCACUUUUUCUUUCCUGUAGGCAGCUUUUUCCUUGCAAGUGGAUGUUUUGAUGGAAUUGUUUCAUAUGAAUGGUAGUUAUGGAGGAAGCUGAAAGAGAUUGUAAACUAUAAAAUUUACUGAUCAAUGAUGUUCACAUAUUUAGAUUCCUAUUUUUGUCAUGUUGGGUUACUGUUAAUGUUGCAGUCUCACAGUGUAAAUCUUGAUGAAACACUCCAGCAUUUGUACUGGACAGUUGUUUGUUUUAAAGGUUUUGAGGAAUUAGUCCAGCAGUGGUAUAGAAUAAAUGUGAAUGCUCUA